GGGUGAGGCAAUGUUUGUGGCGGGAUUAGGCGCCCGCCCACGCGCCGCGCCGCGGCUUCUCGGAGAAUUUCGUUUGUGGCGGAGGUGGCGAUAUAAAAUGGGGCAGAUGGAGAACUUGACAGAGAAAAUAGACCAGAAGGAACCGGUGCCCACGAAGCUUCCCCCGAUUAUCUCAAAAGAUGGGAAUUAUUCUGUGCACCAGAAUAGCCACACAAAGUACCACAAAGCUGUACGGAAGGUGUUGCUAAAGACAUUCCCCAAUCAAGUCUUUAGAGUCCCCUUGACUGAUGCUCAGAACUUCAGCUUCUGGAGGUCAAAUGAGCCAGGAGUGCGCCCAGAAGACACCCUGCCGUGGAUCCGGAGCCCUCGCCACUGCCUCAUUAACAGCCCGAUGACCAGGUUUAUGGAUCACACUAUCCUCAAUGACAGACUAUUCAGUCUGUAUUGAGCAAGAUGUGCUUGCAGAAAGACAGGAUGGUCCGUGGAAGGAGGACAAAGAAGGGGAAAGAGGAAAAAGGUGUCCUGGCUCUGAUGGCUGACUAAUGAAAAAGUAAACUUUAGAUUGGACCAGAAGUCACUCCUAUGCUCUGAACGUGACGGGGAGGGAAAUGGUUCCAGUGCCCAAAUUCCCGUGAGGUCAGGUAUGUGAGAAGUUCUUGAAGCAGCCAGAACUUGGUGUUUGCUUGGGAGGGGCCAGGGAAUUGGAAAGACCACCACAGGGGGUCCUAACCUCAUGCGUGGAAGAGGCCAGAGUAACAGAUCUGGGAAGUCUCACGGGUCCUCAUGAUGCUGCAGGGCCUAGAGGAGCUAUGCUCUCAGAAGACACUGCAGCUUCACUGAGGCCGGGAGGAAAGCAGAGGAAGUCCUCUGACCACAGACAACCGAGGUCCACCCAGCCUUCAGGCAGGAGGCUGCCUCCACACCAGGCUCUGCUGAUUCUGAC